UUUCUACCAAACACUGAUGGCCGGGCAUGCCCCAGCUUCAUCAUCAAUAUAUGAAUUAUGACCUCUGCUAGCUAUGAUUCAUGCCCCAUUUCAAGCUUUUCAUUAUACUGAUGAUCUAUAAAUAUUCCUAUCUGCAAUAACAUUUCAGCUUGCACUGCAUCCCUGGCCUCUUUUCUCCGGCUCUCUCACUCACAGCCACAGGAGGCUAUUCUGUAGGAAAUGGCUCUUCUGAUGGGACAGUAUGCUUACUCAAAGAUCGAUCAGGAAGACCCGGAAGAGAAAAAACAUCGACAAGCUCAAUUCUUGAUCGAUAAAAUACUUCUGCAAGCGGAUGAUCGAAGAAGCCCAUCGUUUUUUAGAAUCAGGAUAUGCAAGUUGAAGGUUAAGAUUGGGAAGAGACUAAAGAAGCUGAGGAAGAGCAUGUCGUUGGGUAUGUCUGCGGCUAGAGUUGGUGUUUACAAACGAGUAAUGAUUCACAUGAAAACAUGGAAGCGCCUUUUUCAGUACCGUGGAGAUCAGACCAUCAAUGUUAACGGCGGCCUGCAGCCUUCUGUGUUCGCUCGAGGCUUAAUUUUGUCCUAGUUUUCGUCUUUGUUUGUGGGAAUUUAAUAUAUAUAUACUGUCAUCCAUCUGCUUCUUGUUACUGUUUCAUGCGAUAUAUAUAUGCAGCAUUGUUGUACCCCUUUUUAUGAUCUUGCUUGGAUUCAAUCCUACACCUUUCGA